CUGACGUCACCUGUCAAUCAGUUAGCGUAUAAUUGCACUGACACGGCCGCAGGAGCUGUUAUUUCUCCGUGGUGACCAGAGAUGAGAGAAACAUUUUAAGGUCGUUUUUGAUACAUGCUUGCGUGAUGAAUAAUGUUCUUAGAAUAGAGUAAUUUGCGUGUUUCCUACUACUAUGAAUGUGCGCUCUGCGCGGAGGAUGCAGAUUAGUCAUUUACAUCACACAUGCACAUCUGUGCGUAGGCCUAUAGGCUAUGUCAUUUUACGGGGUUGCAAGUUCAUGGAUAAAAACCAACCAGCAUGUUCGUGGAUGCAGAUGGAACUUUCAACAACAGCAACAUGAAAUCUUAUGUGAUGGAGAAAGCGAAAGAGCCCGGUGCAACAAAUAUGAUUUCGGAGGCGCUCGUUGCACACUUGCUGAAGAUUGCGCAAGAGGCGGCGGAGGCAGUAUCCGCCACUUCGCAGUCUUCAACUCUGCUGAUGGAGAAUGGGACUCGGUGUGAGGAGCAAAUUCUGAACUACGACAAGGUGGAGAAGGUACCUGGGCAUAACCAAGCCUCUGACGUACCCUGUGAGACAGAAUGGCUGUUGCAUGGCCAAGAUGGUGGUGUCCGUGUGGCUUCUGUCCGCAUCCAUCACCUUGCCCCCCCUCUUCGGCUGGGCCCAGAACGUAAACGACAACAAGGUGUGUCUGAUCAGCCAGGACUUUGGUUACACCAUCUACUCCACCUCAGUGGCGUUUUACAUCCCUGUAUCCGUCAUGCUCAUUAUGUACUACCGCAUCUACCGCGCCGCAAAGCUCAGCGCCGCCAAGCACACCAUCACGGGCUUCCCGCGGGUCGGGGAGGAGGCGGCGCGGGGGGGAGAGGAGGCCAUGGAGGAACAGGAGGAGGAAGAGGACAGCGUGGACUGUGUGUCGGCCGCUCUGAGGCUCCACAGGGAGGUGGAGGAGUGCACGCGAUUCUCCCGGCUCAUGAGGAGCAACCGGAGGAACAUGUCCAUCUUCAAGCGGGAGCAGAAGGCAGCAGCCACCCUGGGGAUCGUGGUAGGAGCCUUCAGUGUCUGCUGGAUGCCUUUCUUCUUACUGUCCACGGCCAGACCCUUCAUCUGCCGGGCGGACUGCCCUAGCUGUGUGCCCUUGUGGGUGGAGAGGACCCUGUUGUGGCUGGGCUAUGCCAACUCCCUCCUCAACCCUUUCAUUUAUGCCUUCUUCAACAGGGACCUGAGGACCACCUACAGCAACCUGCUGCGCUGUCGUUAUCGCAACAUCAACCGCAAGCUGUCCGCCGUCGGGAUGCAACAGGCCCUCAAACGGGUGGAUAAGACAGACUCUGUUAUCUAAAUGGUGUUAUUGUUGUGGUGUGGUGGGAGCUGUCACACUGAGCACUAGAGUCGACCACAUUCUCUCAAUGACAAUAGGUCAAUGUUAUCUGCCUGCCUGGUCCUCUACUUAAGAUCGUGCAUGUCCAGACACAGUCUAGACCUUAUUGGUCAGGUCUGAUUUAUGAAACAACUAAGAAUCUAUCCUUCCAUCUGAAUGUGAGUCCAUUGGCUUUGUGUCUGUGACAUUACGGUGCUUUUACCCUGGGCAUUUCUCAGUUGUGCUGUGGUUGUGUAGCGUGGUUCUUUCUGCGUUGUAUACUUUUAAUUAGGACGCUGCCACAACUGGAGGUCUGCUAGUCUAAAUCUUUUUAUUUGCCCUGCAGACGAAGAGACAACACACAUGAUGUUAACCCUUGGCACAGUUACAGCUCUCAGGCACCUUGCUAGCCGAAGGUCAGGCAAAAUGAAAUAACAGGUUCUGUGUGCACACAUUCAAUGCACAACAGCACACCAUACAAUACAAGCAAAAUGAUACAGAACAUCAUUCAGACAACAUAAAGACAACACACAUUAUGUUAACCCUUGGCUCAGUCCUAGCUCUCAGGCACCUGCGCAAGCACACGGACACUCACUCAAACACUGUCCCAAGUACUCACAAGUUACAAUAGAUACCCUAGUUAGCGAGCUUUGUGAACCUUGUUAACAUAAAUCUUUAUAUUAUCCACAUUGUAACAAACUUAUGGUAGCAUAACAGUAUAUUGUAUGACAUUAUGACGGUUUUAUAUUAAACAAUUUCGGAGCCAAGGACAACAUACCUUGCAAGCCGAAGGUCAGGCAAAAGAGAACAAUAAGGGGGUAUGGAAAUACAGAUAACCUGCGAUGGACCAAACCAAAAUAUACAAUCACAUGUAUGUACAAUAUUGAUGUGGAAAAGUGUUUGUACACCAAAGAAAAACAUUAGCUAUGCAGCUGUAAUUAAAUAUUUAAAAAACACACUGAAUUAUUAUUAAUAUUAUCA